AGAACUUUUCAUAGUGAAAGAUGUGGAGACUUAAGUUGGGAAAGGGAGAAAAUGAGGAAUAUUUAUUAAGUACAAACAACUUCAUUGGAAGGCAAACAUGGGAAUAUGAUCCUGAUGCAGGCACACCUCAGGAACGAGCUCAAGUUGAAGCUGCACGUCAAAGUUUCUACCACAAUCGAAAUCAUGUCCAAUGUAAUAGUGACUUGCUUUGGCGAUUUCAGUUUCUAAGAGAGAGAAAUUUCAAACAAACAAUUCCAAAAGUGGUUGUGGAAGAAGGAAAUGAAAGUGGGAAGAAGGAAGUAAUCAUAAAGAAGGAAACCGUAAAGAUUGCAUUAAGAAGAGCUGCAACUUUCUUUGUAGCCUUACAAAGCGACCAUGGCCAUUGGCCUGCAGAAAAUGGUGGCCUUUUGUUCACUUUACCUCCUCUAGUAUUUGCGUUGUACAUCACAGGACAUCUUAAUAAAAUACUUUCAGAAGAGCAUCAAAAGGAAAUCCUUCGUUGGAUAUAUUGUCAUCAGAAUGAAGAUGGCGGAUGGGGAUUAAACAUUGUGGGAGAAAGUUGCAUGUUAUGCACCACUCUAAACUACACUGCGUUGCGUUUGCUUGGGGAAGGAGCUGACAAGGAUGGCUGUAGUAGAGCUAGAAAUUGGAUUCUAGAUCAUGGAGGUGCUCUCUACACACCUUCUUGGGGAAAGAUUUGGUUUGCGAUUCUGGGGGUGUACGAAUGGGAGGGAAUAAACCCAAUGCCACCAGAAGUUUGGAUGUUUAGACCAGAAAAAGUAGGUAUAAAUCCUGGAGGUCUUUAUUGCUAUUGUCGAUUGACAUACCUUCCAAUGUCCUACUUAUAUGGGAAGCGUUUCGUGGGACCUCUCACUCCUCUCAUUUUACAACUACGACAAGAAAUUUACAUUCAAUCUUAUACCAACAUCAAAUGGAGUUCAACUCGACAUUAUUGUGCAAAGGAGGAUAAAUGCUUUGAACGUCCACUGAUUCAGUUAGCAUGGGAUGCUCUUCAAUACUUUGGAGAACCUAUUCUUAACAGUUGGGCAUUUAAAAGUCAGAAAUCUGCAAUCCAAAUAACUAAGGAACAUAUUGAUUAUGAAGAUCAUUGUAGUCAUUACAUCACACUUGGAUGUGUGGAACCAUUAUGCAUGGUUGCUUGUUGGGCGGACAACCCUAAUGGCGAAGCUUACAAGAAGCAUCUUGCCAGAGUCAAAGAUUAUUUAUGGAUGGGUGAAGAUGGAAUGAAGAUGCAAAGUUUUGGAAGCCAAUCUUGGGAUGUUGCCUUUGCAAUUCAAGCAAUUCUUGCUACUAAUCUUCACGAUGAAUUCUCAGACGCACUAAAAAAAGGGCAUGAUUUCAUUAAAAAAUCACAGAUCAAGGAAAAUCCUCAUGGCGAUUUCAAACGAAUGUAUCGUUACAUAUCAAAAGGAGGAUGGACAUUCUCAGAUCAAGAUCAUGGAAUGCAAAUUUCUGAUGGCACAACAGAAAAUUUAAUGUGUUGUUUGAUACUAUCAACAAUGUCUUCCGAUAUUGUGGGAGAUCCUAUGGAACCACAAUGUUUUUUUGAUGCUGUGAACUUACUUCUUUCCUUACAGGCAAAAAAUGGUGGAAUGGCGGCCUGGGAGCCUACUGGCAUUUUACCUUCAUGGUUGGAGCUACUAAAUCCAGUGGAAUUCUUCGAAUACACAGUACUGGAGCUUGAAUACGUAGAAUGCACAGCAUCAGCAAUACAAGCUCUAGUGCUAUUUAAGAAGCUGUUUCCAAGUCACAGGGAGAGAGAGAUCAAUAAUUUUAUAGAGAAAGCAACAAAUUACAUCAAACAAAUUCAGAAAGAGGAUGGAUCAUGGUAUGGAAACUGGGGAAUAUGUCACAUUUAUGCUACAUAUUUUGCUAUAAAAGGAUUAGCAGCAGCUGGAAACACUUAUGAAAAUUGCUUUGCAAUAACAAAAGCUGUGGAAUUUCUACUUAAAAUUCAAUGUCCGGAUGGUGGAUGGGGAGAGAGCCAUCUUUCCUGUAUUAAAAAAAUAUAUAUUCCUCUUCCAGCCAAUACUUCCAAUCUAGUUCAAACUUCUUUUGCUUUAAUGGCUUUGAUCCAUGCUCAACAGGCAAGGAGGGAUCCAACUCCUCUCCACCAUGCUGCUAAACUGCUAAUUAACUCUCAGUUUGAAGAUGGUGAUUACCCUCAACAGGAAAUAACCGGGGCUUUUAUGAAGACUUGCAUGCUUCAUUAUGCAUUAUACAGGAAUGUAUUUCCCCUAUGGGCACUUGCAGAGUAUUAUAAUUUGGUUUCAUUGCCUUAACUCUCUACAUACAAGAAUUUUCGUACGUAUAUUGUGAAUCUAGUGAUGGAGAAACAUUUUGGAUUCUUAUUUUACCAAAUAAAUAAAACUUUGCACUAAAGUAAGUUCUAUAUCUAUCAAUGAUUAAUUUAUCAUUGAUAGUUAGUCAACUUUCCUGGACUUAGACUACUCUGGGAAUAUCAACCUCAUGCUUCCUUAUAGCAUUUGUUUG